AUGGACCACAUGAACAGCCACUUCCCGCUGUGUGAACUUGUCAAAGAUAGGCCUGUCGAGCAGAGAGUGGAUGACAAUGACUCCGACUCCGAUGGAGACACGGCCCCAGUUGCUGGCAGAAAAGCGGCUCGCUCGUUGAUGUUAUUUAGAGGCGAUGCUCACACCAACAACUUGGAGGCCCUCAUUGAUGAUCAUCACAAGAAGGAUGCCACGGGUUCAGCGAAUGACUCGGAGUCCACUCCUCAGAGCUUCUCCACUGCCUCUCAAGGCAACACAUCUUCCGCUAAAGACAACUCAGCGCUGUGUCUACGAGAUUCUCCCAAUUUGGAGCCCAUUUCCUCGGCUACUUACAUCCCACAUCAUCCAGUGAAGCUCAGGGAGGGUUCCUCCAUUCAUUCAUCUCUGCAUAGCCCAGAUACAAAUCUUCAGCAUCUCAUGGCCGAUGUUGAAUUCGACAGAGAUAGCGAUGGCGACAUUACCAGAAUCAAGAAACGUACACCUGAGCGUCUUCUGAGGCGGCGAUCUACUAAGGUCAACUUUGUCGGCGUGCCAAGUGACUCCGAAAGGUCCAAGCAAUCUGGUCUCGAAACAGGUCUAGAAGCUUUGGAUCUUGAAGCUCGGAAGGCACAUGAUCAGAGUUCAAUCGGGUUCAACGAGGAUGCUGAAGGCGAUGCCACCACCACUGCAUCUCUACAUUCUACUGAGGCAUAUCCGUUAACCGUUGAGCUACGGCCAUUUCGUAACAAGGUCGGUGGUCACACUGCGAUCUUUCGCUUCAGCAAACGUGCAGUUUGUAAGGCACUUAUGAAUCGUGAGAACGUCUGGUACGAGGCCGUCGAAAAGAGACAUCCAGAACUUCUCAAGUUUCUUCCAAAAUACAUCGGGGUCUUGAAUGUGCGCUACUCUAGUAUUGUACUCGAGGAUCCCAACUCACCGCAGUUGCAUACUGUCAACGAGGCUACUGACGGAGGUAAACUAAAUACGGGUGAUUAUCGUGACGAUUCAACGAAACUACAUUUACAGAGGUCAGAUAACAGGCACCUUUCACAAAAUGGAGAAAAAUCUAUUAGGAGGAAUCGUCUAAGUGAAGACGGGCCACCACCAGAGGUCUCUUUAGAUGAUAAUCUUCAUAUCAUUCCCGACCUUUUACGUAAGCAUUAUUCUAGCAGUGCUCCCAGCAUAAGCGAGGAUAUCUCUUGCUCCAUAGAGGGGCAUCUGGAAGUCUUCCCCUCCACUCCUCCUGAUAAAAUCGGACACGAGGCUAGCAUUGGCUCAACUUCCGUCAACCAAGAUUUGCAGGCUCAAAUCAUACAAGAGGUAUUUGUGCCUCCCGGAUCAAAAUCUGACGAUAUUUUUGAGAUGGAUCACGAUGACAUCGGGUUUAACACCGUACCGGCACAGCCUAAUCCUCUGACUCAUGACAACAACUUCAGCAAUACAGACGGGGAUGUGGACCACGGUGAGCAUGUUAAGCAUAUUAUGCGUAAGCAUACAAGAUUUGAGCGCUUCAUAUUGCUCGAAGAUUUGACAGCAGACAUGCAAAAGCCAUGCGCUCUUGAUUUAAAAAUGGGUACCCGACAGUACGGGCUCGAGGCAACAGAUGCCAAGGAGGCAUCACAGCGCAAAAAAUGUGCAAGUACAACGUCUCGUCAGCUCGGUGUAAGAGUAUGCGGUUUGCAAGUUUGGGAUAAGAGCAAGCAAAGAUACUUUAUGCGUGACAAAUAUUUUGGAAGAAAGCUUCGCUCUGGUGAACCAUUUGCCAAAACGUUAGCGAAAUUUCUCUACGAUGGGUUGACAGCGUAUUCCAUAAUUUGCAAAAUCCCUCAUAUUAUCGAGCAGCUAGAGGCUUUGAUCGAGAUUUUCGGCAAACUUGUCGGCUACAGAAUGUACGGCCUGUCUGUUCUUUUAAUGUAUGACGGGGCAGCUGAUUCUGACAAGACGGAAGUCAGAACUAAUAUCAUCGACUUCGCCCAAAGUGUUCUCGGGGAUGAAAGAGCAAUACAUAGCUACAGAAAACCUCCGCAGCAUCCUCAUAAACCAGAUAUGGGGUAUCUUCGUGGGCUUAAUCUGAUCAAAAGAUACCUCAAGAUAGUCUUUAAGAUCAUAACAGGAGAAGUGUACGAUACAGUGUCAGAGCACAUUGAUGAGUUUCUAAUUGUGAAUCGGGAGAGAUUCACGAGGCCGUACGAUUGGGUUGAAGAGUUUGUUGAUCCACUGGAAUCCACUGACUACGGUGACCCAUUCAACGUUAGUUACAACGAUGAUAAUGAUGAUGCGGAAGUUUCCGAUUAA